GUCGGGCAGGUAGUGACGUCACCGGCGCCAUAUUAAAGAUUUGCUGCUGUUUUCUCCGUGUCGCUGUUGCCAUCUUUCUGUUGCCAGCUGGACUCAGUGAGACCAGAGAGUAGCAAGCAUACCUCCACCAUGGAAAUCGACACACUUCUGGGAGCCUUUAGAGAUUUUGAGAAGAAUGGAGAAAAGGAAACCUGUCCGAUUUUGGAUCAGUUUUUGUGUCAUGUUGCAAGAACAGGAGAAACUAUGAUUCAGUGGUCCCAGUUUAAAGGCUACUUUCUCUUCAAACUUGAGAAAGUGAUGGAUGAUUUUAAAGCUUCAUGUCCAGAGCAACGAGGACCUACCAAUCCAAACGUUGAGUACAUUCCUUUUGAGGAGAUGAAGCAGAGGAUUCUCAAAAUUGUCGAUGGAUACAACGGGAUCCCUUUUACUAUUCAGCGUCUUUGUGAGCUUCUAACUGAGCCAAAAAGAAACUACACAGGAACAGACAAGUUUCUCAGGGGCGUGGAGAAGAAUGUGAUGGUGGUCAGUUGCGUGUAUCCUACCUCAGAGAAAAAAAGUUGUGUAAACAGAAUGAAUGGGGUCAUGUUCCCUGGCAACACUUCCGCUUUUACUGAUAGAAAUGUGAAUGGUCCAGGUACUCCCAGACCACUAAACAGACCAAAACUCUCCCUGUCCAGCAGCGUAGCUACCAACGGCCUUCCCGACAGCACAGAAAGCAAAGAACAAUCUCCUGACCAAUCAGAGAGAACAUCCAAUGAGUCCUCAGCAUCGGAAGCAGAAGUUUCACAGGGUGGUUCAGUAAAAAGUAAACACCGUGAGGAUGAGGAUGAUACAAACGCUGAAACACACGAAGCAAAGAGGCUCAAGUUUGACGAUGAAAACUACGAAGAUGAAAUGGAGAAGAAGCAGGAGGGAAAGGAGUCGCCAUGUUCGACAGCAACAGAGAGCUCGCCGGAUAUGCCGCAGUCCUCAUCAGACGUCACUGCAGAAGUUAAGGAUAACAAACGGGAUGAAUUCAACGCUGAAGAUCAAGAACCCUCUAGCACACAGUCUCCUGAAAACGGGUUUGAUAGAUCCUCUUCAGAAGGUUCACCCAGCCCUUCACACAACGAGGAAUCUGACCCACCAGAACAGGAGCAGCCGAAGAGGGAAGAGAGCGCUGAGGCGCAGCAAACAGGGGAGAGAAACGACCCCGUAAGCAGUAGCAGCAAUAAUAGCAGUGAAGAGGGACCGUCCAGUCCAGAGUCUGGGUCUGCUUGUCCCAGCAGUUCCACAGAGCUGACAGCAGAGGGCAGUAGCACUGCAGACAUCAACUCGGACAGCUCAGACACUGCAGAAGACACCAUGGAACAAGAAUGAAGCGCGUCGAUUUUUACACUGUACUGUACAAAUCCCUAAAACACUUAUCCUAAAAAGUGAGCUGAUCUUUUACAAAAACUGGGCAGGAGUGUUCUAGAGGUGUCUUGAAAGGCCUUGCGAGGGAUCUUCUUACGACCCAUCCUCUUUUUAUAAGAGGGUUUUCCAAAAAACACCUUGAAAAAACUGAAAGCUGAUUCUUUUUGAUGGUUUACAGGAGCGUUUAUCAUUGGAUAACAUUCUCUAAUGCUGUACUCAUCAUGGGCAUCAUCAUCUCCACACCAACACGUUCUAAAGCUGUCAGAAAAUCACACGACUGUCUUUCCCACGAUUCUGUGAAAUAGUGACGAAUCUUUGGUCAGAGUAUGUGUCCUAAGUGCGUAUGCUUUAGUUUAUCGAGGUUGGUGUCCGUAAGAAGGUCCCGGGAUUCACUUUGACUGGCAAACCAAUGUCUAAACAUUCCAGGAGAAACACCCCUAGCUCAGACUGCCUUUCGCAUUCAUCCGGUUGCUAUUGGCACGGAGUGCACCAUAGCAGCAUAAGACAUCGAUUUUUCGUUCUUUUUUUGCGAGUAGUUUGUUCUAACGUUUAUUUUUAGUACCUAUGAUUUUAACUGCCUUCCCAGCAUUUCACUGAAAUUUAUUUAAUCCACUGGUGCUGGUAAAUAGAUACUAAAAUUGACUUAUGUCAUUUUCCAUGCAUUAGAUACUCAAGUGCUGUUGGUUGCAACGUUAUGGUAAUGUAAUAUUGUGAGCCUGUCUUUUCAAACAAGACCUAAUGUGCUUAACCACUA